AUGAAUAAUAAAUAUUUUAUAUUAGUUAUUUUAUUAAAUUUAAUUAUUGAAAUAACUUUGUCAUUAAGUAAUAGUGCAUCUCGAACAUCGAAUGAUAUAUUAUAUCCUCAUAAAAGAUUUAUUCCAUCAGAAAAUCGUUUUUAUCUUGGUUUACAUAAAUGUCGAAAUCGUUUACGAUGUAUUAAUUUAUGUCAAGAAUUAUCAUUAUGUCAAUUAAUUAUGUAUAAUCAAAUAAAACACGAAUGCACUUUAUUUAGUGAACAUGUUGAAUAUGGUUCUGGAAGAUUAUACGAUGAAAACAAUGAGAAUUUAAUUACAAUUCGUCUUGAUAAAGAUUCAUUCAAAGAUUUACAUAAAACAAUAAAAACUAAGAAAAAUCCAUCAGUCAUAGUUUCUUCUCGUCAUCAAAAAUAUGAUAAGAAUAUAUGUGAGAAUUGUGAAUUAUAA